AUGGUGUCAUAUUCAACUGUAUGCAUCUUACUAUUACUAUUUGUUAUCAAUGUUGAUAAUCGAACACUUUCUCAAAGAUAUCGACUUCGUGAACUAUGGAAUAUAAUAACAGACAAAUUUAAAGAUACAGCAACUAAAAAAUUUCAUAUUGAUUUUCGUCAUUUUGAUAAAGAAGAAAUGCUUCUUUUUCCUGAUAUAGGAUAUCAAUCAUUGAAUAAUGAUAGCAUAUGGAAAAUAAUGAUGCAUGGUUGGCGAUAUGAACGUAAUAGAAGAAGAGAUUGGUUUGGAUUUAGUGCAAGUCUAUGGGUAGAACGAAUUGCUAAACAAUUACUGGAUGAAAAAGAUAUAUUAUAUCUCAAUGGAUCCAUUAAUCGUGAUCGACUUAAACCAUUUUUUGUUGAAGAUGAAUCAAAUGAAAAAAUACAUAUAAAAUUUGAUGAAAAAAUCUUUUCAUUUCUAACAGACAGUCAAGGACAAUUUAAUGAAGAAAUUGAAAUAUCAAAUGAUGAAAUACAAAAAUUAAAGCAACAACAAGGAGGUAGUAGUUUUAUAACAUAUGAAGCUAUUGGUGAUAAUAAAGAUAAAACAACAGGAAUUAUUCAACUUAUUGAACCACGUAAAGGUAUUUCUGUUAUUAGUGAUGUUGAUGAUACAAUUAAAAUAUCCGAAGUAUUGGAUAAAGUACGAUUACUUGCAAAUACUUUCAUAUAUCCAUUCAAACCUGUACCAGGCAUGGCUGAAUUAUAUCAAAAAUGGCGUAUAAACAAUAAUAAUUGUACGUUUCAUUAUUUAUCCGGUAUGCCCGAUCAAUUAUAUAUAUUAACCCAUGAAUUUAUUUAUGAGAAUAAAUUUCCUGAUGGAACAUUUCAUAUGAGACAUUUUGGUUGGGCAGCAACAUCUAUUUUUGGUUUUCUUCAUUCACAAUCGACAUUUAUUCAUAAAAUAGCCUAUUUACGAUAUUUUCUUUCAAAUACAAUGCGUGAUUACGUAUUAGUUGGUGACAGUGGAGAAAAAGAUCCAGAAAUUUAUGGAACAGUUGCAAAAGAAUAUCCGGAACGUGUUCGAGCUAUUUUUAUUCGAGCAAUUAAAGGUGAAGCUUUUGAAGAUCAACGUUUUUUUGAUGCUUUCGAAGGAGUACCACGAGAAAAAUGGCAAGUAUUCAAUGAUCCACAACAAUUACCUAUCGAUUUAUCACGAUCACCAAAAGCAACGACGGUAAGAGAUACAAGUGGUGUUGUUCAUCGAUUAGUUCUUGAUUCUGAACUUAUUUUUUUCAAUGGACAAAAAUAUUCUUCAAUUCAACGUAUGCUCUAUAAUUGGUGUUGGUUAAGUUUACCUUAUGCAUUAUUAUAUAUCAUUGCUAUAUUUAUUGAUAUUACUAGAUUAUGGGUUUGUUUAUUUAUGGCUUCGAAAGUACCAGAAACAUUAGAUACAUUAUUUAUUAUAUUAUGA